AUGGCAAUGAAUCAGGGGAAUGCCGUAUUCCCCAGAAGCCACGUCGGCUUCGACAGCAUCACCCAGCAGAUCGAGAAGAAGUUGUUGAAGAGAGGCUUCCAGUUCAAUGUCAUCUGCGUUGGCCAGACCGGUCUGGGGAAGUCUACCCUGAUCAACACCAUCUUCGCAUCCCACCUCAUCGACUCCAAAGGCCGCUUGCGACCAGAUGAGCCCGUCCGAUCCACCACCGAGAUCCAGACCGUCUCUCACAUCAUUGAAGAGAAUGGUGUUCGUCUACGGCUCAAUAUCGUCGAUACCCCUGGUUACGGUGACCUCGUCAACAACGACCGAUGCUGGGACCCAAUCGUCAAGUACAUCAAAGACCAGCACUCGGCCUACCUCCGAAAAGAGCUCACCGCUCAGCGCGAGCGCUAUAUCCAAGAUACCCGCAUCCACUGCUGCUUGUUCUUCAUCCAGCCUUCCGGCCAUGCUCUCAAGCCUAUCGACAUCGUUGUGCUCAAGAAGCUCUCUGACGUCGUCAAUGUCGUCCCCGUCAUCGCCAAGGCAGACUCACUUACCCUCGAGGAGCGCCGCGCCUUCAAGGAGAGGAUAAAGGAGGAAUUCGCUUUCCACGGCAUCCGAAUGUACCCCUACGAUAACGAUGAGCUCGAUGACGAGGAGCGCGCCACCAACGCCACCAUCAAGGACAUCAUUCCCUUCGCUGUUGUCGGUAGCGAGAAGUCAAUCGUUGUUAAUGGCAAGCAAGUUCGCGGCCGACAGAACAGAUGGGGUGUUAUCAAUGUCGAGGACGAGAACCACUGCGAGUUCGUCUACCUGCGAAACUUCCUGACGCGGACACAUCUGCAGGAUUUGAUCGAGACAACAAGCCAGAUCCAUUACGAAACCUUCCGUGCCAAGCAACUACUGGCCUUGAAGGAGAGCAGUGCUGCGGGUGGCAUGACCAGCAGCAGGCCCAUCUCACCGUCUGCGGACCGUGAGCUGAGCAGGAACUCUCAGCGUAUGACCAUGAAUGGAUACUAG